AUGAACGACAAAUCAGUCAACACAGGAGACCCCUCGCGCCCACUCCCACCGUCCUCGGCCCCGCCAGAUUAUCGUAUUGUCCAAAAGAUAGACGAGGAAGCUUCAUUACCGCCAGAUGUUCCGAAGGCAGUCGUUCUUUCUCACCCCCUCCACACACCCCCUGAAGUCUGUGAUGGCAUCGUGUCCCCCUUCUCUCGCUCCAGAGGAGGUCACUCGCGAGUUCGUGACUUUCUUCCCCUCUAA